UGUUCCUCUUCAAUCUCUGUUCUUCAGUUCAGCGAUGUUUGCAGCGAAGAAAGGAGACACUCUGUGCGUCUUUAUCAACGGGAAGAAGGUGACGGAGGAUCAUGCAGAUCCUGAAACCAUGUUGUUAUCCUUCCUCAGGGAAAACCUGAGGUUAACUGGAACCAAGUCUGGCUGUGGAGGUGGAGGAUGUGGGGCGUGCACAGUGAUGGUGUCACGCUACCGACCGACAACCAAAACCAUCUUCCAUUACUCAGCCAAUGCCUGCCUCCUGCCGCUCUGCCAGCUCCACGGCGCCGCCAUCACCACCGUGGAGGGCAUCGGCAACUCCAAGACCAGGAUCCACCCGGUGCAGGAGCGAAUAGCGAAGGCUCAUGGUUCCCAGUGUGGUUUCUGCACCCCGGGGAUGGUGAUGUCCAUGUAUGCUCUGCUGAGGAACAAACCCUGGCCGACCAUGGAGGACAUCACACAGGCCCUGGCUGGUAAUCUGUGUCGCUGCACCGGAUAUCGACCCAUCGUUGACGGCUGCAGGAGCUUCUGUCAGGAAAGCAGCUGCUGCCAGUCCAACGGAGACGAGAAAACCACUGAAACCAAACACGAAAAACCGCGGCUGUUUGACCAGGAAGAGUUUCUUCCUCUGGACCCGACCCAGGAUCUGAUCUUCCCUCCAGAACUGAUCCUGAUGGCAGAGACGGCGAACCAGCAGACGCUCACCUUCUGUGGGGAGAGGUCGACCUGGGUGUCCCCGGCCUCGCUGGAGGAGCUGGUCCAGCUGAAGAUCAGACACCCGACGGCGCCGCUGGUCAUGGGCAACACCAACACGGGUCCAGACAUGAAGUUUAAAGGUGUCCUCCACCCGCUGAUCAUCUCUCCCAGCAGAGUCCCGGAGCUGUUCGAGGUUUCUCUGACACCUCGUGGCGUUUGGGUCGGAGCGGGCUGCAGUCUGUCCGAGGUCCGCUGUCUGUUGGAGAAGCUGCUUCUUGAGUUCCCGGAGGAAGAAACCGAGCUGUUCAGAGCCCUGAUCCAGCAGCUGGGGAACCUGGGAAGCCAGCAGAUCCGGAACGUUGCAUCUCUUGGAGGGAAUGUUGUCAGUGCGUACCCCAACUCAGACCUGAACCCCGUCCUGGCUGCCGGGAAUGGAAGAGUCAGCGUCGUCUCUGGCGGAGGAAGACGAGAAGUUCCCCUGGAUCAGGAUUUCUUUGUGGGUUUUGGGAAAACCCUCCUGGAACCAGAAGAAGUCGUGGUCUCGGUUUUCAUUCCUUUUACAAGAAAGGGGGAGUUUGUUCGAGCUCUCCGUCAUGCACCAAGGAAGGAGGCCUCGUUCGCUACCGUGACGACCGGGAUGAGGGUGUGUUUCUCUGAGGGGUCCAGGGUAGUUCAGGACAUCAGCAUCUACUACGGGGGAAUGGGUCCGACCACCGUUAGUGCCACUAAAACCUGCAAAGCUAUCGUAGGAAGACCAUGGGAUGAAGGGACUCUCAGCCAGGCCUACAACGUCCUCCUGGAUGAGCUGGUCCUUCCUCCUUCAGCUCCUGGAGGGAAGGUUGACUUUCGUCGCUCCCUGACUCUCAGUCUUCUCUUCAAAUUCAACCUGGAGGUCCUCCAGAAGCUCAAAGAAAUGGUAAAACCAGUGAUUUAUGUAGCUUUCAUCGCAAUUUGUCGGGUUGAUCCCACAGUCUUUUUUUUUUUUUUUUUUUUUUUCCAGAACGUGAUCCCAGAUGAGCUUCCAGAGAAGUUGUUGCCUUUACCCGGAGAUAUCCAGCCAAGUCUGCAGGAGUUUCAGCCUGUGUCAGACAGCCAGAGCGUCCAUGACCCAGUGGGGCGUCCCAUGAUGCAUCGCUCUGCCGUCAGCCAUGCCACGGGCGAAGCCAUAUACUGCGACGACAUGCCCAGGACAGACGGAGAGCUCUUCCUGGUGCUGGUCACCAGCUCCCGAGCCCUAGCUAAGAUCAUAAACCUGGAUGUGAGCGCAGCCAUGCAGCUUCCUGGAGUUGUUGAUGUCAUCACGGCCAAAGAUAUUCCCGGGAAGAAGGAACGUGCAAUGUUCGGUUACAGUGAGGAGCUUCUUGCUGAGAAUAAGGUGUCUUGCAUCGGUCAGAUGGUGUGUGCGGUGGUCGCCGAUUCGAAGGCGCACGCCAAACGAGGAGCGGCGGCUGUGAAGAUCACCUAUGAAGACUUACCUGACCCCAUUUUCACCAUCCAGGAUGCCAUCGAGAAGUCGUCUUUCUAUGAGCCUCUGCGAGAGAUUGAGAGAGGAGAUGUAGCUGGAGCUUUCUCACAUGUAGAUCAGAUUUAUGAAGGUGGGAUUCAAAUAGGAGGCCAGGAGCAUUUCUACAUGGAGACCCAGAGCAUGCUGGUCGUUCCGGUGGGCGAGGAAACCGAGUUUAAUGUCUACAUCUCCACUCAGUGGCCUACCUUAACUCAGGACGCCGUUGCAGAGACGUUGGACAUCCCGUCCAACAGGGUCACCUGUCACGUCAAAAGGAUGGGCGGAGCUUUUGGAGGGAAGGUCAUUAAAACGUCCAUCCUGGCUUCCAUCACCUCAGUGGCUGCGUGGAAGACCAAGCGUCCGGUCCGCUGCAUCUUGGAGAGAGGCGAGGACAUGCUGAUCACUGGGGGGCGCCAUCCCGUCCUGGCUAAAUACAAGGUGGGUUUUCUGAACGAUGGGAGGAUCAUAGCUGCAGAUUUCCAGUACUACCUCAACGCUGGAUGCGCUGUGGAUGAAUCCGUUCUGGUCGCUGAGAAGAUUCUGCUUCACAUAGACAGCGCUUACAGCAUCCCGAACCUGCGAGGCCGUGCAGCCGCCUGCAGGACCAACCUGCCCUCCAACGGUGCAUUCAGGGGCUUCGGCGUGCCGCAGGGCCUCCUGGUGGUGGAGAACAUGAUCAACGACGUGGCUCUGGUGCUGGGACGCCCUGCAGACCAGAUCCGUGAGGCCAACAUGUACACGGGGCCGUCCGCCACCCACUACAGGAUGGAGUUCAGCCCGGAGAACAUGCUGCGCUGCUGGGAGGACUGUAAGGUCCGGAGUGACUACAAUGCUCGGCGCAGAGCCGUCCACCAGUUUAACCAGCACCACCGCUGGAAGAAGAGAGGGCUGUCCAUCAUUCCCAUCAAAUACGGGGUCGCCUUCGCAGAAAGCUUCUUGAAUCAGGCUGCGGCUCUGGUCCACGUCUAUAAAGAUGGCUCUGUUCUGGUCUCUCAUGGUGGGACAGAGAUGGGUCAGGGCAUCCACACCAAAAUGCAACAGGUUGCGAGCCGGGAGCUUCACAUCCCGUCCUCUAAGAUCUACAUCAGUGAAACCAGCACCAGCACGGUUCCCAACACCUGUCCUUCAGCUGCUUCCUUUGGCACCGACGCUAACGGCAUGGCGGUCAAGAACGCCUGUGAGACUCUUUAUCAACGACUGAAGCCGAUUAGGGAGAAAAACCCCAAAGGAUCCUGGGAAACUUGGGUCAGAGCAGCUUUCUUUGAGAAGAUCAGCUUAUCGGCCACAGGAUACCACAGAGGUCCGGACCUUUACAUGGACUGGGACAAGAUGGAGGGCCAGCCCUACGCCUACUUCGUGUUUGGAGUGUGUUGCUCUGAGGUGGAGCUGGACUGCCUCACAGGAGACUACAGGACGGUGAGGACGGACAUCGUGGUCGACAUCGGCAGAAGCGUGAAUCCGUCUGUGGACAUCGGCCAGGUGGAAGGAGCAUUCAUGCAGGGUUUGGGACUUUACACUCUGGAGGAGUUGAAGUUUUCCCCUUCUGGGCUCCUGUACACUCGAGGUCCAUCUCAGUACAAGAUUCCAGCCAUCUGUGACGUGCCGCUUCGGCUCAACGUCUAUCUGCUGCCAAAUUCACACAACCCCCACGCCAUCUACUCCUCAAAAGGGAUCGGAGAACCCGUCCUCUUCCUCGGCAGCUCCGUGUUCUUUGCCAUUAAAGAUGCAGCGGCGGCGGCUCGAUCAGAGUCCGGUCUCAUUGGCCCGUUUUCUCUAGACAGCCCUGCGACUCCGGAGAAGGCCUGCCUGGCCUGCGCCUCGCCGUUCAUUCAGAAGAUUCCAGCCAGUGAACCAGGAUCCUUUAAACCAUGGGCCUUAAACAUCUGAAACUGGCUCAGACUUACUCUAAACUAAUCUUUACUAACUAAAGUAGUUAUUUUAGACUUUAAUCCUGAUUAUUCAACCACUACAUGAAUCUUUACAUGCAAUAUGUCUUAAAUACUUAAAUAAUGAAUAGUUUUAUAAUUUUCAUGCUUUCAUAUUUGGGCAUAUUUUCUAUUCAGCAAGAGUACUGAUAGUAAAAUCUUUAUAAUCAUCACAGCUAACAGAUUGACAUCUUGUGUGUUGAUGCUCGUGCUUAAUGUCUGUAUUUUAUCACCUGACUGUUAAUGAGAAAACAUAACUCUGUUUUAUAAAAUGUUUUGUGAUUGAACAGAAACUGGAGCGAAAGUAAAAAUGAAUAAACUUGUGAAUCUGGA